AUGGGGAAAUGCCAGGGCACUUCAGGCACCAUGGCAAUUACAGCGGCCUAUAGUGGCUAUGAGCCACAUGGCGUUUGUCCUGUGGGUGAGACCAAGAAGAAGAAGAGUCUGGUUUGUCCGUCCGUACUGUGUAGUCGUGAUUCGGACUGUGCCGCGGAUGAGAAGUGCUGUGUCUCUGGGGACGGACAGAAAUGUGUGAAGCCUUCUCCAGAUUUAGAUUUACUCAAUGUGUGUCCUCCGUUUGAUCCCUCCAUCUGUCCACUGGCCAAACCGGGGCCUGAUGAGUGUAAAUUCGACAGUCCGUGUCCAAGUGGCAAAAAAUGCUGUUGCUCCAACUGUGGCUGGAAAUGUGUAACCCCCGUGCAAGUGAGACCAGGACGCUGUCCCCCUAUUAAAGCUAAGUGUUUGAUGCCACUGCCGGAGCCCGUAUGCCAGACGGACAGUAACUGUCCCGGGAAACAGAAAUGCUGUAAUAUUUGUGGGAAUAGCUGCUGGGAUCCUGCGGAAGAGCCACAUGGCGUUUGUCCUGUGAGUGAGAUAGAGAAGGGGAAAAGUCUGGUUUGUCCAUCUGUCCUGUGUAGUCGGGAUUCGGACUGUGCCGCGGAUGAGAAGUGCUGUGUCUCUGGGGAUGGACAGAAAUGUGUGAAGCCUUCUUCAGAUUUAGAUUUACUCAAUGUGUGUCCUCCGUUUGAUCCCUCCAUCUGUCCACUGGCCAAACCGGGGCCCGAUGAGUGUAAAUUCGACAGUCCAUGUCCAAGUGGCAAAAAAUGCUGUUGCUCCAACUGUGGCUGGAAAUGUGUCCCCCCAGUGCAAGUAAGACCUGGGCGCUGUCCCCCUAUUGCAGUCAGAUGUAAGUUCCCACCACCGGAGCCCGCAUGCCAAGCUGAUCGUGACUGUCCAGGCAAACAGAAAUGCUGUAAUAUUUGUGGGAAUAGCUGCUGGGAUCCCGCAGAAGAGCCACAUGGCGUUUGUCCUGUGGGUGAGACCAAGAAGAAGAAGAGUCUGGUUUGUCCGUCCGUACUGUGUAGUCGUGAUUCGGACUGUGCCGCGGAUGAGAAGUGCUGUGUCUCUGGGGACGGACAGAAAUGUGUGAAGCCUUCUCCCGAUUUAGAUUUACUCAAUGUGUGUCCUCCGUUUGAUCCCUCCAUCUGUCCACUGGCCAAACCGGGGCCUGAUGAGUGUAAAUUCGACAGUCCGUGUCCAAGUGGCAAAAAAUGCUGUUGCUCCAACUGUGGCUGGAAAUGUGUAACCCCUGUGCAAGUAAGACCUGGGCGCUGUCCCCCUAUUGUAGUCAGAUGUAAGUUCCCACCACCGAAGCCCACAUGCCAAGCUGAUUGUGACUGUCCAGGCAAACAGAAAUGCUGUAAUAUUUGUGGGAAUAGCUGCUGGGAUCCUGCAGAAGAGCCACAUGGCGUUUGUCCUGUGGGUGAGACCAAGAAGAAUAAGAGUCUGGUUUGUCCAUCCGUACUUUGUAGUCGUGAUUCGGACUGUGCCGCGGAUGAGAAAUGCUGUGUCUCUGGGGACGGACAGAAGUGUGUGAAGCCUUCUUCAG